AUGUUUACGCGCAGCGGAACGAGUAACAGCGUUUCAACGGUCGCCGCACGGAAUAGAGGCGCAGACGGGGGCUCAGGCGGAGCCUCAGGAGGAGUUUUUGGCGGAGGCUCAGGGGGAGGCUAUGGCGGAGGCUCGGGCGGAGUCUCAGGGGGAGGUUAUCAUGGCGGAGGCCCAGGAGGAGGCUAUGGCGGAGGCUCAGGAAAUGGCUUUGGCGGAGGCUCAGGGGGAGUAUCAGGGGGAGGCUAUGGCGGAGGCUCAGGGGGAGACUUUGGCGGAGGCUCAGGGGGAGGCUUUGGCGGAGGCUCAGGGAGAGCAUCAGGGGGAGGCUAUGGCGGAGGCUUUGGCGGAGGCUCAGAGGGAGGCUUUGGCGGAGGCGGAGGCUUAAUAGGGGGAGACCCAAGUGGAAGCUUGGGCGGGGGACCAGGCGGAAGGUCAGGCGGAGUGUUUGGCGGAGGCCUACUAAGCGCAAGCGCUGGCGUAGGCGGCGCAGGCGGGCUCUCUGGCGACCUGACUCGGAUCAACGAGCCCUUUGCGUUUGAGCCGGAUGAACCAGCUGGUAGUGUGCUGUUGCCCUUUGCGCCGACUCAAACGCCGACUAGUGGGCUGCUGGGAUCGACGCCAUGGUAUUUCGGUGUUGGCGCCGGCGGCGGCGGCGCCACCGGUGGUAGUUUUAGCAGCAGCGGCAGACACAGCGACGUUCCCCCGGAGCAGUUCCUCCGAUGGACCAACGAGGAGGACAGGGUGUUGCUGCGCCACGUCACGUGCUACGGAACGCGCAACUGGGGGCUGCUGCAGCGAAGCCGCUCGCUGCCUCUGCGCGACAACAAGGCAUGCUGCAACCGCUUCAUUCUUCUCAAAAAGUGA